AUGAAUAUGAAUGUUUCUUCAAGAGGCUCCCCAUUCGCAGAGGAGCAGGAUAAAUUGGCACCUCGAAUCCCUGCUGUGUUUGCCAUCCCAAUUGCCGCUACCCAGCGCGCGAGGGCAUUCCGGUCGACGGCACUGGGACCGGUGUCCUGGACCGAUAUUCAAGAUCAGUCGGCCCAGCGGCACGAAUUCCAUCUAUGCGGUUCCUGGAUGAUGGCGGUUCUCACAGGGGCGAGGGAUGUAGAUCUCCACCGCGCCAUGCGAGAUGAAAAUCAUGCAAAGCCCCGUUAUCGAAAGACUAAAUUUUUCCCAAGCUUAUCACAUGGCGGCAAUGAUCUCCAUGGAAGGCAUUCAAAAUGUUGA